CAAACAGCUAAUACUAUUCCAAUAUCUGCUGAGAUUCUCUCGAUUCUCUCGAUCCUAGCAGAGAUGCUAUACGACUGGAUUUGGAGACCUAGGUAAAAUCGGUGCUCAGAUAAAACAUUGCCUAGGAUGUAUAAGCCAGCACCACCACGUCCGAAGCAAACCUCCAUCGUUCGGGGCACCACCGGAUGUCGCACUUGCCGAGCACGGCGCAAAAAGUGCGAUGAGCAAAAGCCCGCAUGCACCGCUUGUGUUCGACUUGGAAGACGCUGCGACGGCUAUGCUACAAAAUUGGAAUUUCGCAGCGUAUCUUUCCCUCCGACUGAGUCUCGAGAUCACCGGACGCAAGAAAGCAAGAGCCGAAUCCCACCUGGCUACUCGUUAAAGCUAAAUAGGACGAUAAAACCUAGUAAAGAGUUGUUCUAUAUGAGCAUCUGGGAAAACCAGUGUGCUCCUGCUCUCCACCCCGUCUUCCACAAACUCACACACCUUCAGGUCCUUUCGCCAGUGAUCGCAGAUACGAUGUUGGCCCUCGCAGCUCGUCAACUGAGCCGGUCGCAUCCCCAGACAAGAGAACUCCACCCACUCGACGAUCUCAAAUCGCCUUUCAGGCCAGAUCUGGAUCAGCAGUGUAUCAGCGGGGAGUUUUCUAGUUCAGCUAUGCGGAGCGUGGCACAAUGGACUCCGUCUGAUAUCUACCGAGAUUCGAUAACCGCAUUAGUCGUCCUCACCUUAUUCUGCUGCCUCGAAUCGUUGACGAGCAACUUUCAGGGCUUUUAUUUACACUCAGCCGCCGUGGGGACGCUCCUAGAUAUCCAACUGGGUCUCUCAUCCCAACCGAGCAGCUACGAACACAGCAUUGUCGCUGCCUGGGUUCAAUCUAAGAUGCACAACUGGUGGCGGAGGUUCCAUUUCGCAACGGCCACUUUCCAGCGGGAUCAUCCGCCCUUGGUAACCCAACCAACGUUACUACGUCUCUCAGCCGUACCUGACAAUCGAGUAUCAGUUCUCACGAUACUCUGCGAAUCUUAUCGGCUAAGCGCCGCAAUCCUGAUGUUCUAUUGCGAUAAUGCUUUGGACGUCGACUUGCACGGUGUCGGAAUUCCGCCUAAUAUACGACAGGGACACUCGUCUCGCUCGUGCGGGUUUCGCGGCAGACAAGAAGAGCAGCUAAAUCACCAACGGGACGCCCUAAGCGACUGGUAUGCUCAGCUACCGCCCUCGGAACUACCAACGGAUCUAUUCGAUCCGGUUCAUAGUAGUGUAACCUGGCAACCCGCCCCUUUGCAAAUCCAGCCGCUACGGUUUCGAUCUCACGACGCCGCGAUGAAUUUCGCCUAUUACGUCACCGCUCGAGUUUUGCAAUGCACCGAGUUUCUCGAUAAUCUUGAAUCAAGCAACGGCCAGCUGGAGAUGAAUGACACCUAUAAUAGGCCAGAGCCGUGGAUAAUGAAUCUUCUACGAAUCGCAGCCGGAAUAAACUGGGACGCCUGUGUAAGACUUAACUCCUAUACAAUAGGACUCUCUGGUUUGCUCCUAGCUUGCAUUCUGCGAUCGAACAAUCCAGCUCUAAGUUCUUGGGUGCAAGACUGGCUGAGUAAACGAUUCCGGGAAGGCUGUCUCGAAGAGGGAAGUUUUCCACUCUUUCAAAUUAUUCAAGUUCUUCAUAUCAUCAACGUAGAGAAGACGUUGGAUCGACAUGUUUACGCAGUCUGCCAAGCUAUCGACGACGGAGGUGGGUUAGGCAAAUUCGACUCCUAUAACAGUCAAAGAAUAGAAUCCAUAGUCGUAUACGGAUGGUGCAUGGGUUCGAAUCGCUUUUAUUCACGUCAUAUGGUCCUGGGACCUAUGCUUCCAAGAUAAUGGAAGUAGACAUCGGAAUGACAGAAGAAUACAUUAAUACCGUACGAUUCUGACCAAAGUAUCAAGCUCCAAAGAAAACGUCCG